AUGGACUUGGACAUGGACAUGGGCUCCUCCAGCUGCCAGAUCUCCAUGCUCUGGAACUGGACCACCAUCGACGCAUGCUUCCUCUCCAAAACCUGGCACAUAACCACCAAAAGCAUGUUCGCCGGCACCUGCCUCGGCACCAUCUGCCUAGUGGUGUGCCUGGAGUUCCUGCGUCGCGUCGCGCGAGAGUACGAUGCUUUCCUCGUCCGGCGGGCCCGUCUGCGGUAUCAGUUUCUGGUGAAUCUUGAUUCCCCCGAGGGCGAGAUGCACACAGCGCCGCCGUCGGCUUCGGCUUCGACUUCUCGGUGUAAGGAUGCUGCUGCUGCUACCACAGUAAGAACAGCAGCAGCAGCGGCAGCAGCUACUAUUCCAGCGGGCGCAGCACCACCACCACCCUACCGCCCAACCCUACCCGAGCAACUCGUCCGAGCAACCCUGCACAUGCUGCAGUUCGCCGUGGCGUACUUCGUCAUGUUGCUGGCGAUGUACUUCAACGGGUACAUCAUCAUCUGUAUCAUCGUGGGGGCGUUUUUGGGGGCGUUGGUGUUUUCGUGGGAGGUGAUGGGGUCUGGGGAUGGGGUGGGGAACGAUGCUACGGCCGUGACGAAGUGCUGUGGUUAG